UAAGAGAGUAAUGUCAGAUUUGAUUUUAUUUGAGUCUUUUUUAGCUAUUUAUAUGCUGGUAAUGGAUUCUUUUUUUAAGUCUUUGCCUGAGUGGAAGUUCGCUUGCCAUAUUAACCGUCUGUUUCUACUUUCUAGAUGUCUGCUUAGCUGUCUGAAUUUAGAUCUCCUAUUCUCCUCUCUAGUUUAUUAAAACAGAUGAUGCAAACUUUAUUCUAUGUAGUUAAGUUUGGAGAUUGGCCAUGUGUUAAUGAAUGAUUCGAAUAUAAUAUGGAGAUUGGCUCAUGCUCUUAGGAUACAUCGUUGUUUGAAGAUAGAAUAUAAAAAUUCUUGAAGCCAAGCAAGCUUUGCUUAUCAACCAGGGCUUGGCUCACUUGGUAAAGUUCUUACCUCAUACCCUUGGGGUUUGGGGUUCAUAUCUUGCCAAGCAAGAGUGGUUGUGGCCUUGUGGGUAGGGAUUCCCUUACCCUCCUUUAGUCCCUUCUACUCCCAAGUGCCCAAACCACAAAUACUGGACUAAAAUAAAAAACUGCGAGAAGGUCAGGUAAGCAAGCUUUGCGCUUGCCUGGUAAAGAUCCACUCAUUCUUUACUCCGCAUGCACCACUACAGUGCCACUUGAAUUGGCUUUUGCCAUUUAGGAGUUCUAGCUUUUGAAAUCUUAAUCUUCUCUCUCCAAGCUACAAUACCACCUUCAGCCUUACAGGAUUUUAAAACCAAACAUCCUGAAAGAUAAUAUCUUAUUUUGCUUCCCUCUUAUUGCUUUAAAGAAUAGAGCCAUGGUCAUUGGAGCCGCAAUAAUGGCGUUUGUGUUGAUAUGUUUUUCUACUGCACCCAACUGAUUCUUGUUAAUAUUCAAUUUUGUUAAACAUAUUCCAAAAAGUUGGACAUUAGCAAUCUUAACCUUGUUAUUCCUAGCUGAAACUGAAUCAUCUAAUUUUUAGAAAGCAAAGGCCCUCCUGCAUCAGCAUUUUUUAAUGUUUCCUGGAUCUAAAUCUAAUACAAAUGAAUGUAAUUUGAUCACUUGAAUCUGCUUCAUGAAGUUACAGAGUGGAAACAGCAUGAGUAAGAUUCAAAGAAAAGGCCAAACUAUGUAACUUGGUUGCGGGGAUUCAAUCUCCAUGUUCAUGGCAUGCUUUAUGAUAACUUACUAACUGUAUUAUAUAUGGAGUAGGGACGCUCAACCUCACCCUUCCUAUUCGUUGGGCAAUCUCAACUUUCUAGAAUAUUUAGAAUUCACUCAUCAUCAAACUUGUUGUCUCCUUGUCAUUAUGGGAUCCAACAAAAGCGGAGUAUAGGACUUGCAUUCCAUACUUAAAAUCAAAACAACACUUUCUGGAUUCAGGAAUAUGGACCACACAGUGAUCCUCAUUCCUCAAGCCAUAACUGCUUAAUUGAACUGGAGCUUGUCAAGCAACCUGAUCUUUUAAAAUAGUGUAUUGCACCUGAAAGAGAUUGCUGAAAUAUGGGGCUAAUCAGAAAGCCGACUCACCUGGCACUGUGGCUGUAGUGACUUGUCUCCAAGAUCCAGAGGAUAGUUGAUUGUUCUGUGGCAGGAGCACGAGAAGUGAAAGACUUGGUGGUUGGUGCUUAACCAAUUUCUUUUUAAUCAGCUCUGACCAGGAGAAUAUUAUUGGUGGAUUGAUGGACUAUUGUAGUAUGAUGUUUCUGGUUUCAUUGACUAGUUCAUGGAUUUGUUCUGGGUCACUAAUUGCAACAUCAAUCUCUGCUGCAAUAUAUGUGCUUGCUUCUGGAUCGGCUAUCGAGUCUAGUAUCCCCAAUGGCUCAAGUGUGGAGGGUAGGACACUUAAUAUUAAUUCAUCACAUGAAGCUUCAGGAAACUUUGGCGAAGGGCUGGAUGCAAAUGGAUUACCAAUCAAUCGGAAGCGAAGAAAACCAUGGUCGGAGGAGGAAGAUCUAGAACUGAUUACUGCCGUUCAAAAAUUUGGUGAGGGAAGUUGGGCGGCUAUCUUAAAAGGAGAAUUCAAGGGGAAUAGAAACGCUACUCAGCUAGCUCAGAGGUGGAAUAUUAUAAGGAAGAAACAGGGCAGCUUAAAUAUUGGAGGGGCCAAAAUAGCUAGCCCACAACCUACGGAGGCUCAGCUGGCUACCCGUCGUGCUCUUGAUAUGGCUUUCAAGGACAAGCUAUCAACUGGUUGUAGCACUGUUGGCAAUGAACCUGCUGUAACUACUUCACCUAAAAUAAGUGGCUCAAAAACGGACUUAACUAUUACCGGAGCUUCUGUUCCAUCAUCUCAGCCACAGUCCUCUCCGGUCACCUGCGUAACAUCAUCUGUGCCAAAGGCUCAGCCUCAGAAAAAGGUAACUCAACCAAGUGUCAGUACUGAUUCCAUUCAAGCUACUGCAGUAGCUGCAGGGGCCCGAAUUGUCAGUCCCUCAGCUGCUGCAUCUAUGUUCAAGGCUGUACAGUCAAAAAAAGCAAUGCAUAUAAGAGGAGAUGAUUCUUUAAUCAAGACUUCUGCUGUGGGGUGUUCAAGCCCUCUGCCUCCCAAUGUACAUUUUAUACGCACUGGGUUAUCUUCAACACCAACUUUCACGGCUUCUGCUGGAACUGCAUCCUGUGUUGCAGGGCAACAAGCCAAGGGUAAUGGUGCAAUAAAGCCCCCUGUUCCUCCAGCUGCAGUAUCUCAGCUUCCGAAGGCAAGAACCCCAUCUGCUGUAGGACUGGAGCGAACUACUGCUACCCAACAGAUGGAAAAUAGAACUUCAACUGCAGUAGAUGUUCAAGGCUCAGAUACUAAAUUGACCAGAGUCCAAGAAGAUAAUGCUUCCCAUCCCCAAUGUUUGCCAGACUCAUCACUUGAUAAGUGCCGGGCAACAUCUACUGUUGCAGAUGUGGGUCUUAGUAAAUGUAUGGUCAAUAUUGGUAGUUCUCAAUCUGCAAAUGUAGCCAGGAAUGAAGUUAAAGAUGAUGCUUGCAAGCAGAUCUUUGAAGGUUCAGCCCUAAAAAGUGAUAAUGAGAAGCUCUCUGCUGUUCAGAAUCUUCAAAGUGGUACCUCAGGUGUGGAAGGAACACCUGAAGUUCCACCAAGUAGGAUCGUUGAUGAGGGUGCUGAAAAGAUGGAGGUUUCAAAAGAAGUAUUGGUUAGUGUCAAAAUAUCUAACCAAACAAACUUAUAGUACUGUGGUUAGGUCUAUAUAUGUAAAUGUCUGCCAUUUUUCUCUGCUUAUUGUUGUGUUAGUGUUUAUAAAUAGUGGUUCAAGUUCUGUUUGGCAACUGUUCUAUACUUCUCUGUGAAACAUUACAUUGUAAGUACAUUGGUGUAUGAUCAUAAAGUCACUAAUCAUAAUUUCUUGCUAUAAGAAGGUUUGGGGGAGUAUCUUAAGCUCGAAUUACAGUAUAAGAGACGAUUUUUAAAGAUUAAUAAAAUUCCUUUGUCGAUA